AUGAACAAGGAGAAAGCUAAGUGGGCUCAAGAGAGGCGCGAGAUUGGGGAAGAGUUGAAGCUGGCCAUUGAGCAGCGGGACGAUGAGGCUGAGGAGAUGAUGGGCGAGGGCCGCGAUCGGUACACCAAAAUAAUUCAGAGAGUGAAAAACGAUACAGAGGCCCUGAUGGCAACCAUGGACAAGUCGUUGGCCGAGAGAGAUGAUCAUGUGGCAGAAAUGGAGAUGAUGCUGAGACGACAGAAACUUGAGCACAAUGAACAGCUGGCGGCCAUCCGCGAGCGACAGUCAGCUCGAGAAGGAAAACGCAGAGUUACUUGCACGCCAGCGACAAAACAGACUACCCAGGGGUAG